AUGCUACAACACCGUAUUUUUCUUAUUCCAGUGGGUGCCAAAAAACCCGAAAUCGUAGGUGAUAUUUUACCCGACAUCAGAAAAGGUCAUGAGACAAGAUACCUGAACUGCACAGUAAUUAAUAAAGGUCCAGGUCAAAAGAAUCCUAUAAUAAAAAGAAAUCUGCUUUCAGGUAUACGGUUUAAAUAUGAUAUACAUGUUCACAGAGAUGGAGUGAAAACAACCUACAUGCUUGUGGUACGCAACUUAGACUUUGUGGAUGGAGGAGACUACAAUUGUGUCAUCGGCAUUCCGGGUUUGGAUAGAAACAAAUGGCCAACGAAGACUGGGACACUCAUCGUGCACGUUCCUUCAUCAAUCACACCAGGCAGGGUUUCUUUUUACGAGCAAAUGAUUGGAUCUAAUCUAACAUUGAACUGUGAAGCGUUUGGAGUACCAUCCCCAAACAUCACAUGGAGGAGAGAGGAUCGAAAGGAACUGCCGAUUGGAGGAUUCCAAAUUCAGGGAAGUCAACUGAACUUGAGAAACCUCCAAAGGGAUGAUCGUGGUGCAUACACCUGCGUGGCUGAGAAUGGAAUCAACCCCCCCGGACAGCUGGAAGUGCAAAUCAGAGUAUUUUAUCCACCAAUCUGCACACCAGUGCAGUCUGUAAUGGGCCAGGCACAGAACAUAAGAUUCAAUGCAAAGUUAACAUGUAUAGUUAAAGGAUACCCCUAGCCUACUGUAACAUGGAUGAAGGACAGUGCCGAUGGAAACCGCGUUUUAAUUCAGAACGAUGAACAUUAUCGCAUGACCAAACAUUACAUAAGCCUUCUUCACGAGGAAGAGGUUUGGCACUCUCUUACUGUGAAUAAUGUUCAGGCUAGAGAAUAUGGGAAAUACUAUUGUGUAGGGAAGAACAGAUAUGGAGAAGGAAAGACAACUUUUACGUUGUUUGGUGAGUAG